AUGCGUCUUCGUUCGCUCUGCGUGACAGGCAUCUGGCUGGCCAGCUGUGCUGCCACCCCCAUCCCCGACCAUCCUGGUGACGGUCUUCUCCCCCAGACUCCUCUUUCGACUCCUCACUCGCCGCCCGUGGUGACCGGCCAUGAGAUCCAUAUUCCUUGUGCAAAGGGACCAGGGCCCGAGAGCGACCACGAGAAGUCAUCCAAGGCAUACCUGGCGAUGAAAUUCCAUACCGAAAGCAAUGCUCUUCUCGCCAACAAUGCCUCCAUCUUCCCGGCUUCAUACCCCAUGCAUCUGCCUGCCACCCGGUACCAGGAGUCCGGCCAGGGUGCCGAGGAUGUACUGUUGCAGUACGCCGUGAAUAUCGACUACAUUCACCCCAAUCCCGAAGAAUGGAUUCAAGACGUCUACCACGUGGAGGUCAAACUCUUCGAUCUGGCCGGUCGCCCGGCCACUACCGACACCGUCACCGUUCGACUGUCCCGGCAGCAGCAGGGGGAAUUGUAUAUCUCGCAGAUCAUGGUGGAGCCCCUUCUUCAGUACCACGAUGUCCACGGGGACGGCAACUGUCUCUGGCACGUCAAAUACUGGAAAAUGAUCGUGAGCAAGUACCGCGCCUGGCGAAAGACCCAAGGACACGGCCGGGUGGGAUCUCACUGGCAGGCGAUACCGUCGGACGACGCAGCAGCAAACACACCAAUCCCGACCGCUGAUAAGGCUUACACCUCAGACGGGACUAGCACGGCUGAUCGAGCAAGACCGGACUCUCACGCGGCGCCCGUCUCGCCGUUUCGAGUAUUUGGCGUAGACAGGUCUCCCCGACCGGUGGUGUUGCGUCCCAGCGGCCACCAUCGAGAUUUCUGGCGACUGGUGGUCCCGGCUAUUAUCCCGGCGCUGCUGGGGGCGACGGCCGGACUGGUGGUGUGCAUGAUGGGGUUGCUCGUGUGGAAGAUUGUAGUCUGUACGUGUGGGCGGAGACAGGGUCGGAGAUGUCGGGAGGCCGGGGGUUGCCAGCGCGAACGAUGCGCCAGGUCGGAGAAGCAGCGCUUGCUGGACCAGGAUCAGCUGAGCCUGGCGUAA